AUGGCGCCACACUCUACCAACUGUGCCAUACAGGACCGUUUCUCCUAUGCUGUUCACUGGAAGGAGUUACCACUACCAGAGGGUUGGGAAGAAUCCCGGGUAUUUGACGGGAAAGUCUACUUCAUCGACCACAUCAAACACGCUACUAGUUGGAUUGAUCCAAGAGACAGGCAGACUAAACCUCUGACAUUUGCUGACUGCAUUGGCGAUGAGCUGCCUGUGGGUUGGGAGGAGGCCUACGACCCCAAUGUCGGGGCCUACUAUGUGGAUCAUAACACAAAGAGCACUCAGCUGGAGGACCCGCGGGCCCAGUGGCAGCGGGAGCAGGAGGUCAUGCUGCGGGAGUACCUGGACGUGGCCAAGGACGCGCUGAGCGCUCAGAAGGAGAUCUACCAGGUGAAGGAGCAGCGCCUGCGCCUGGCCCAGCAAGAGUACCUCCAGCUCAACAACGCCUGGAGGGACAGGUCCACCUCCCAGACCAGCUUGAAUUCCAGAUCAUCCUCCAGCAGUAAAUAUGACCCAGAAAUCCUCAAAGCCGAGAUAGUCACUUCCAAAAGUAGGGUGAAUAAGCUGAAGAGAGACCUAGCCUGCAUGAAACAAGAGUUGCAGUAUAAAGAGCAGGGCUUUGAAACGCUGAAAGAGAUCGACCACAAGGUGUCCAGCGCGCCUUACGGUGUCAAGCUUCACGAUGAGCAGGCCAUCCUGAACGAGGUCAAGUCCAUCCGGGACGCCAUCAGCUCCGGGGAGAAGGAGAAACAGGAGCUCAUGCAGAAACUAGCGGUGCUUAAGGAUGGCUUCCAGUUGGACUCAGUGGGUUCUCAGUCUGACCUGUGGGGCAGCAGCCCCUCCCUGGCCAACUCUGAGCUGUCCAUCCCUCGCCUCUACUCCGAAGCCGGAUCCCAGACCAACAUACCUGCUGAGUUUGUGACCAACACCAACAACUUGGCAGAGAAGGUGCGACUGAGCCUGAAGUAUGAAGAAGCAAAUAGAAGGAUUGCCACCAUCGAGGUGCAGAUAGCCAAGCUGGACAGUGAGGCGUGGCCAGGGCUGCUGGACCCAGAGCGUGACCGCCUCAUCCUCAUCAAUGAGAAGGAGGAGCUACUCAAGGAGCUGCAAUACAUCAAGCCUUGCAAGAAAGUGCCUGAUGACCAGGAGAAGAUAGAGACACAGAAGAAAAGGCUUGAGAGAGACCUGCAGGCUGCCAGGGACAACCAGAGCAAGGCCCUGACCGAGAGAUUGAGAUUGCACUGUAAGAGGAACAAGCUGGUGAGAGAGCUGGAGGAGAUGGUUCGCCUGGCCUCAUCACUACACACUCAGCUCAAGAGUCUUUCGGCCAGCACACUGUCGUGUUCCUCAGGCAGCAGCCGUGGCUCUCUGACCUCCAGCCGGGGCUCUUUGGCCACAACGUCAUCCCUGGGCUCCACCUCCUCCCUGAGCUUCACAGAUAUCUACCUGGAGCAGCCUGAGCUGAGAGACCCAGACUUCCAGAACAAAUUGGACUCCCUACUGCAGGAGGGUGGCCCAGGGGUCAGCUACCGGCCCUCCAGCUCCAUCACCACCAUCCACGAACACGAGGUGGUCGCUGGGGGAGAGAGAGCGGGCGACAAGGGGGGUGUUGUCGGUGGGGGAGCAGAGGCCAGAACCAGGCUACAGGCGCUGAGACUAUCAGAGACGCCAAGGUCCAUCAGUUCACUGUCGCCGAGGUCUUCAAUGUCGUCGCUCUCGCCGCCCUGCUCGCCGCUGGUCACGGACUCUAUAUUCCUCUCCGGGGAGAGGUUUGCGGGACCAGGGGGCCCAGGUGGGGGGCUGGACAUGGAGCUGCAUAGCAGGCUGACUGAGCUAGGGCUGGGGUUGGACAAGGAGGAGCAGCAGCAGCACUCUGGAGGGGUGGAGCAGGAUGCCACUACCAUAGCUGGAGAGAUGUUUAAAGAUGCCAUAGUGCACGCCAGAGGGACGGUGGGGGCGGGGCCUAAGAAGAUGGGCGUGACGUCAGCAGUGUCUGAUGAGUCGGUGGCGGGUGACAGCGGGGUGUACGAGCCCUCAGAGACGAGGUCAGUCCUCCCUGCAGAGCUGCUGGUGGGCUAUGAGGAGAGGGGAGGACCACUAGGCUGUGCCCAGGUCAGACUGGGCCUGAAGUACGAGGUGAAAGACAAGCGCUUCACCGUGUUCGUCAUGCAGCUCUCCAAUUGCAGCGUCCUCGUACUGCCACCAGACCACAAAAUAUACAUCCGUGUGGCGGUGCUCCCGUGCUCAGAGUCCACCUGCUGCCUCUUCCGGACGCGCAGCUCUCUCCCCCAGGACAUUGUGGAGGUCAACGAAGUCUUCGGUGUCCAGAUGGCCCACAAUGCCCUGCGGCAGAAGACCCUGAGGGUGGACAUAUGCCACACCAGCCUGUCCGGCCGUGAGGAGUGUCUUGCUGGUGCUCAGAUAAGCCUGGCUGAUGUCAACACCUCUGGGGAGAGAUGUGUCAAGAGCUACAACCUCCUCAGCUACUCCUUCAUGCCCCAGAUCAAUAACAAGGACAAGACUGGGACGGCUCUGCAGUCUGAAAGGAGCUCUGUCCCCACCACAGAGAGAGUAGCAGGCAGUCUGGAGGGUGCACCAGAGGAGGAUGAAUGUGUUUCAACCCUCUACAGGCACAGUGAAGAGCUGGAAGGUGAAGUGUUUGAAGAUGAGGAAGAUGACCACAUAGAGGGGGCGGGACCUCUAGAGGAAGAGGAGGAGCUAUAUCCUGACGGCAGCCAAUGGGAGGGAGAGGUGACAACCAAACCGACUGGAACAGGAACCAUGGCUGAGAGGGUGAACAAGGAGACCAGUACCAGCCACCACCACCAUGUCUCCUCCUCGGUGGUCCGGCCAAAGGAGCGUCGGCCCCACCAUGUUCCCCAGCAGAAUGCCUUCUUCCAGGGCAACACCAUCAUCCGCUCCAAGACCUUCUCCCCUGGGCCCCAGAGCCAGUACAUCUGCCGGAUCAACCGCAGUGACAGUGACAGCUCCACUCUGUCAAAGAAGUCUCCUUUCGUCAGGAACGCAUCAGAGAGACGCAGCAUGCGCAUGAAGAAGCCCUCGGUGCCGGUGCGGAGCCUGGACGGGCUGCUGCGGACCAGUCUGGACCUAGAGCUGGACCUGCAGGUGUCCAGGACACGCCACACGCGACUGGCUCAGGAGCUGCGUGUCCUCAGGGAGCUGAAGGAGCAGCUGGAGAGGGCACGGCAGCAGGGAACCAGAGAUCUCCCCACCUGGGUGCAGGACGACGAGCGCUUUCGUCUGCUUCUCAGACAGGCCGAGAAACAGACCCGUGAGGAGCAGCUGCAGGAGCAGAGGGUGGAGAAGAUGAUGCGUGCUGCGGCCAAGGACGUCCACAAGCUCCGAGGCCAGAGCAGGAAAGAGGUGCCUGAGGUCCAGUCCUUCAGAGAGAAGAUGGCCUUCUUCACUCGAGCAAAGACCAACAUCCCUGAUCUGCCUGUCGACGAUGUGUAGCGCAUUUCAAGUAUUCCAGUCUUACCUGCUGUUUCCAAGCAGAUGACUCUGACGCAGACUUCUGGUGGUAUUAUGAAGAAUGGAGAAUAAUAAAAUAAUAAUGUAUAGGAAAAAAUACCGUCACAUUUUUUUUUUUAGAUCUCAGAGUUGCUAAUCUGUAUAGUUUUUUUGUGCUAGCAACUAGAGCAUUGUUUUCUUCCACUCUCUCUGUAGCAUUAUUGUUACUGUUACUAAUAAGUGGAUGUUGGAAGAGACCGUUAGAUGUGUUAUGGUAAAACCGUAACUCCAAUACACACCAGCCCUUUGUGUGGAAUUUGAAAAGAUAAAAGAGAAAUGCUGUUCUGUUCUUUAGCCAGGACCACUUAUUUGCUGUAGUCUUAAGAUGUGAAUAUUGACCCCCAGAGGUACUUUACAUUAUUUAUAGCACAACACAUCUACAAAAUCAAUACUGUUAUUGUAUGAUGGUGUACUAUGACUGAAUGUGUGGUUGUAUAGUAUACUGAAACCGGCUGUCUGUCCCCAGUCACACUGCACAUGGUUCUCAUAGUAACCCUCACUGGUGCACACACCAUCUCUCAGCAUUGUGUAGGAACUGCACUGACUCACCUAUACUCAGGUAGUUUAUUGGAUAGUUUGUGCACUUUUAAAAUGGUAAUCUAUAAAAGAGGAUGGAGGCAUUGAAGAAGUGGGAGGAGUGCUCCACUUCAGGCUGGAAUGAUUGUUGAAUCACCGCCUAACAAAGCACAUGCUUGUGAAAGACAAAAGAAGUGGAGGAGAUAACUCUUGUAUUUUAUGAAGCUCAUUGCUGGGGAUAAACUCCCCAUUGACUGUAUGAUUUAAAACGGUAGUGAAGUGAUCCAAAAACCAUGGAAUAACUGAGGACUCUAAAGUAUAUCUUAGCUUAAAGUCUGAUCACUUUUCCUGCUCUCAUCCCUUUUACCCCCGCCCUUAAAUUCCUUGUAACUGGACAUUUUGAAGAACCAUACAAACAGUAUCCCAAUUGUU